AUGAUGGUCUUUAACAUCAUAAUCUGGUGUGUGCUGCUCGCCCGCUCCACGAUCGCGGCCCCUGCCCCAAGCAACUCGUCCAUCAGUGCUACCGCAGCCACCACUAGCUCUGAUAUCACAGCAAGCGUCUCGCCCAGUCCAGUCCCUUCUGAUGGGACCAAUACGCCUGACAGCGCCAACUUUUACGUUGAUUGCGGCAGUCGAGAAAUCAACCGUUACUGUCGGGAUAGCUGCACCACGACUUGCUCCCGCUAUGGGAACCUUCGGUCGUACUGCCCGGAAUGCGCUUCGGAGGAGACCGACCGCCACCCUGAUGAGUCAACCAAUCACGAGAAGCCGGAUGGCAAUACCAACGAGGGCAAGAGCGCGAAGCGACAGGAACCAUUGCACUAA